AUGUCACGAAAGGUUAUUAUUGUCGGCGAUGGUAUGGUCGGUAAAUCCGCCCUCCUUCAGGCAUUUGUCCACGGUGUUUUUCACGAAACCUACAUUCCCACCGUCUUUGAAACCACUGCUAUGGAUGUUGAAGUAGGCGGAGGUAGAAAUGUCACUCUGGGACUUUGGGAUACCGGUGGACAGGAGGAAUUUGAUCAAAUCCGUCAACUAGCCUAUCCUGGAGUACGAGUGAUUCUUCUCUGCUACGCGGUGGAUUCAUUGACAAGUCUGUCCAAUGUAGUGCAUACCUGGAGUCCAGAAGUUCGUCGAUUCUGUCCUCAAGUGCCAGUCCUCCUUGUCGGCUGUAAAUCGGAUUUACGAGGCCUCGAACGAAGUCGAUUGCGACUGGUGGAUCCGAAAGAGGCUGCCGAGGUUCAAAAACGGAUUGAAGCGAGAAUUCACAUCGAGUGCUCUGCCAAGACCCUAUCCAAUGUCUAUACGGUCUUCCAAUUGGCUGCUGAAUGCGCUCUAGAAGGGAAAGAAGGUCAGGUCUCUCGAUCGUCACAACGUGGUGCACAGACAUGUGAAAUUGUUUAA